AACCCCUUCCUCCGGUCUGGUCUGUGAAUAACCGCACGCCGAAAGUUCGCCGCGUGAUCCUUCGCGGAUUGCGAGUUCCUCUCGAAAAAUAAUAAUAAAGGACGAAGCCCCUUCGGCUUCGUCUGAUGAACGUGACACGCGCGUCGCGAACAUAUGGUGGCUCCAGAGAGGAGCAAUAGUGCUAUAAGAACUCACAGUGUAGGUGUUCCGACACCGGAAGAAAGUCUAAUAGUAAAGUGAAAGCCUACGGGCUUAAGUGAAAUAAGGAGACUCUAGCACCGGCAGGGUCAUCAGGACCCAACUAAUCAAGUGCUAAAGUGAAGUGUUUAAGAUAAAGUGUGAAUUGAAUCAGUCUCCGGACUAUAAGGGGCCUAAAAACCCAAACAUAACAGCAGUCUCCGGACUAUAAGGGGCCUAAAAACCCAAAAACACAAUUCGUUUAGGAACGUCCACGGUGUUAAUCCGGGAUAGGUUCCAGUAAGACGGGGUUCCGCACGGAAGGUACGCGAACGCCCAAGGAAGAAACGUCUGCAACGGCGUAAGCCGGGAGUUUCGAAACAGUGCCUACAUAAGUAGGCCGGGCCCGACAGUAGGUAGGGCAACCUUCGUAAGGAAGGCUGGUGGGGAUAUUUAUCAGUCCCAAGAAGUUCGGGAGGUAUUUGUCAGAACCCACAGGAAUACGGGAGAUAAUUAUCGGAAUUUAUAUAGGAAAAAUUCGAGAAUAAUUAUCAGGGACCCACCGUGAAAGUCGGGAGUCCACAUAGGAGGGACUCACAGGAAGGAUUCCGAACAAAAGGUUCGUGAAUGCCAUAGUAAAACAUCUGCGGUGUAAUCCGAGAUAGUUUUAGCGGAUUUCCAGCUCCUGAGUUGGAAAUCCUGCACAGGUCUGCGGUUUAAUCCGGGGCAAGAGGAAGUCAAUAGUGACUAUUCGGGACAAGUUCCCAAGGGUUCCAGCUCCUGAGCAGGAAAUAAACAAAAUACACCUCGUUAGAGAACACGAUCACGAGGAAAAUUAAACAGGCAAUUAGCCUACGAAGUUCUAAGGGGAAGGAGAAUAAAAACGGGUCAACGAACCCAUCGAUUCCCUGUAAGAAAUCCGCCAGGCGGGUCAUAAACCCGAAACGUUUAUUGCAUAACGAGUCAACGUACUCGUUAAAAGAGAAACGGAAAAUAAGAAAAACAGGCUCACUUGAGCAACAGAAGGGUGCACGUAAAACCGAUAUAAAAUCUCUAGUGAGAUAGAAAGAAAGGGUGUAAGAAAGAAAAGUCAUUAAAAAGAAAGAAACACAAACAAAAUAGCAAUGAAUUUUGUAGACAAUGUGCUCGGCCAUUGUCGCCUAUGCACUCGUAAGGACGAGGUGCAAGAUAUGGUCGCUUGUGACCAAUGUGAUAGGUGGUUCCACUAUGGAUGCGUGGAACUCACCUGUCUACCUGAUAAAAAAGAACCUUGGUCGUGUGCGAAAUGCCGCAUGGAUGAAAGUAUUAAGAAGGCGCAAGCCGACGAACUUAUUCAGAUGAAGAAUAAAUUAGCAAAUAUAGCUUUAGAGCUGGAGGCACGUGCAAAGGCACAGAAAUCCUCCGAGAUUCACGCGACGUCUAUGGAGACGGAGCUAGCGCACUACAAACGUGAGCUUGAAUCUAAACAUAAGGAAGAAAAGGACAAGCGAGACGUAUUGCUGGACAUCGCUCAGGCGAUCCAGCUGAAUAAAGUCAAGCUUGAAAACGAACUCGUAAGAAAAGAGACAGCUGCGGACGACGAUUCCGUAGCUAUGUAUUUAAAACGGCAAGAAAUGGGUCUGCCCCAGUUCUCUGGGAACGCUCGAGAGUGGCCAGCAUUUAAGAAAAUGUUCGAGGCCACGACCGAGCAGGGGAAAUAUACCAGUUUGGAAAAUUUGAUACGGCUGCAAAAGGCACUAGGGGGCCCAGCGGCUAAGGCGGUACAGUCCAUGAUGCUUGAUCAAGCAAACGUACCGCAAAUAAUGGAACGACUCGAAAAACAAUUUGGACAGUCAAAACGGGUCUAUAAGGAGCUGCGAGACGAUCUCGAGCGUAUUAGAACAGGAGGCCACUUAGCGAUAGUCGAGAUAUCGAAUGGUCUAGAAAAUUUGAUAGCGCAUUUAACCGCCUCCAAUCAGAUGGCGUACUCAAAUGAUCCUCGCUUAGUUGAGGAACUGGUAAGCAAGAUGUCUUGCGACACCCAGAUAAAAUGGUUGGAGGUAGUAGAAUCUAAUGCCAAACAAGGCAAUUCAGUACCCUCCCUUAAAGAUUUGGCUAAAUGGCUAAAGCCUAAGGCCGACAUUCAUCGUGAGCUCUAUAAUUCUAAUAGAGCUCCGAUCGAAAAAAGGAAUAGAGUCAAUGUGCACUCAGAAAACAACGUACGUUGUUAUAUGUGUAACGGAACACAUAGACUAAGAGAGUGCCAAAAAUUUGGAAAAAUGUCUGUACAAAACAGACGACAGGAAAUACUUAAAUUGCGAGUAUGUCCAUUGUGUCUGUUCAGACACAAAGGAAACUGUAAUUUUCAAAGAAACUGUGGCAUAAAUGGAUGCAACGAGCACCAUCAUAGGCUACUACAUAUCCCAAGGGAUAUUCAUAAUCAAGGUAGCAGACCGGAAAGAAGACAGAUAACAGCCUCCGGCGAGCCAACCGAACCACGACCCGAAACUUCAAACUUACACGAGGAGCAAAGGGCACAAGUGUUUUACCAGAUCAUUCCGGUAACACUUAAAAAUAAGAAUUGCGAGGUGGAAACCUACGCCUUCCUAGACCCAGGAUCCUCCUUAACUUUAAUAGAUGAAGGGGUUGCUGAGGAACUUGAGUUAGAAGGAGUACGUGAUCCACUCAAAAUAAAAUGGACCCAGAAUGUGUCUAGGGAAGAGAAAACUAGCAGGAGGGUCAAAUUAAAAAUUAAAGGCAAUUCCGAUAAUGAAUUCACGUUGACAAACGUCAGAACCGCAAGUAAUCUUCACUUACCGGUUCAAACCGUGAACUACGAUAAUUUGGCAGACAAAUAUCCGUUCUUGGCCAAUUUACCAAUAAAGAAUUAUAAGAAUGCACAGCCAAAAUUACUUAUUGGGCUAAAUCAUAGCCAUUUAUUAUAUCCGUUAGAAAGACGAGCGAUGGGAGUGAAUGAACCCAUCGCAAUCAAAACUAAGCUUGGCUGGUUGAUAUUUGGUAAUAUCAAACAUACCGCACAAGCAGAACAUUUAAUGGUCAUUCAGGAAGAUGACAAAAUGAAUGAUCUAAUGCAACGAUAUUUUUCAGUGGAGGACUUUGGAGUCAAAAUUCCAGAAAAACUUCCUGAGACUAAGAAUGAAAUUAGAGCCAAGGAGAUAAUAAAUAAGACCCUAAAAUAUACAGGGGAAAAAUACGAAGUCGGGUUACUCUGGAAAGAGGAUGAUACGCAUCUACCAGAGAGUUACAUACAAGUUUAUAAGAGGCUCCAAAAUUUGGAAGCGAAAUUGAAAAAAGAUCCAGAACUGAAGAACUGGACAAACAACACGAUUGCGGAUUAUGUAACCAAGGGCUACGCGCGCAAAUUAACACCAAAGGAAAAGGAGGAAUGGGCUGGAGAGAUAUUUUAUCUCCCAACCUUUAUCGUGGUAAAUAAAAAUAAAACACCUCCUAAGCCACGCUUGGUGUUCGAUGCGGCCGCAAAGUCUUGGGGCAUUUCUCUAAAUGACGCGUUGUUAGCGGGUCCCGACGCUACAACCUCUUUGUUUGGCGUCACCACUAAUUUCCGGGAAGGGGCUAUCGCAUCCGCUGGAGAUGUGCAGGAAAUGUUUAGUCAGGUGGGAAUUAGUCUAGAGGACCAGAAGAAGCAAUGCUUCUUAUAUCGUGAUUGUGACGACAGCCGAGAGCCUGACGUGUACGUCAUGCAGGUUAUGAUCUUCGGAUCUACCAGCUCUCCAGCCUGCGCGCAAGCUGUUAAGAACUACAACGCCAGUCUAUACGCCGAAACAAAACCCAAGGCGGUAAAGGCAAUAAUAAAACAGCAUUACGUUGAUGAUUAUAUUGAUAGUUUCGACACGCCUCAAGAGGCAACGCAAACGAUCAAAGACGUUAUGGAAAUUCACGACAAGGCGAAAUUCUUUAUCAGAAAUUUCGUUUCUAAUAGUAAAGAAGUGCUAGCUUCACUUCCGAAGAAUAGGGUCCAAGUGGACAAGAUUAAAACCUUCGAGGAUAAGGAGUCCGAAGGUGAAAAGGUUCUUGGGAUGUACUGGGAUACAAGUAAAGAUUGUAUUCAGUACCAACUUAAAUUUAAUCGGCUACCAGUAGAUGUACGCCAUGAAAUUAGAAAGCCGACUAAACGAGAGGUAUUAUCCUUCGUUAUGAGCGUUUAUGACCCAAUGGGAUUAAUCGCUAAUCUUACCAUACAUGGUAGGAUACUUAUCCAAGAGCUGCAUAAGGAAACGUCGGAUUGGGACGCAGAAAUUUCAGAGCGCUCUUACAAUCAAUGGAAACAAUUUUUAGAAAUAAUAAAACAAGCAGCAAAUGUGAAGAUACCUAGAUGGAUGUUAGCUCCAAAGGUACAAAAAUUUGAACUACAUACUUUCGUCGACGCGUCAGAAUACGCGUACGCAGCGGCCACCUAUGUCAGAGGAUUAGGUAGCCACGGUCAGACUGUUAGUAUUCGUCUGUUAGCUGCUAAAUCAAGAGUAGCACCAAUUAAGAAACUAUCAAUUCCGAGGUUGGAAUUGCUAGCAGCAGUUUUAGGCACAAGGCUCACCAAAACGUUGAAGAAGGAGCUGCGCAAGAAGCCUUCCAAAAUUACGUAUUGGUCAGACUCGCAAACGGUGCUGUCUUGGAUUCAUUCUGACCACCGAAAGUAUAAAGAAUUUGUAGCACACCGCAUAGGAGAAAUCUUAGAAGAAACAAAAAUUGAGCAGUGGCGUUAUGUACCCACGGACGAAAAUCCAGCAGACGAAGGAACCAAGCUAGCCAAGGGAAAACCUAAAUGGUUAGCAGGUCCAACAUUCAUUUGGAAAGAAGAAUGUAUGUGGCCAAAAUCAAGGUUUAUGCGAGAAACGACCGAAGAAAUAAAGGAGUCGGUAAUGUUUCACCAAGAAGUCGAAUCAGACUUUAAAUUUAUCCGCGAGUAUCGUUACUCUAAUUGGGAGAAGUUACUCAAGGAAGUCUGCAUUUUGAAGAAGUUUGUCGAUUGGAUAAAAGACAAAAGAAACUUCGAUAAAAAUAUAAGCGAAGACGACAUGCAAAUAGCCGAAUAUGCUAUUGUCCGCAAGGCACAGUGGGAAGGUUUCACCGACGAAAUGCAUGACAUUACAAAGCACGGUGAAAUCACUAAAUCAGGAAGGUUAAGAUGUCUAACCCCACGAAUCAACGAUCAUGAGGUUAUGGUAGUCCAAUCACGUUUGGCAAACACAGACAUUGUACCGCUAUCAACACGGGAACCAAUGAUCUUACCCACCAAACACCCAAUUACCAGACUGAUCAUGAAAUUUUAUCAUGAAGAAAAUCUGCACCACGGUGAUCAAACUAUUUUAGCCGCGGCAAAAGAAAAAUAUUGGAUAAUAGAUCCAAGAAGAGUUCAUAACACAGUCAAGGCAAAUUGUCAGCACUGUAAGAAUGAGAAGGUCUCACCUAGCGAACCGCUCAUGUCAUGCCUACCCGAUUGUAGGCUGGAUAUAUACAACCCCGCGUUUACACACACGGGAGUAGAUUAUUUUGGGCCAAUAGAAGUACAAGUAAAACGGUCAAUAGAAAAGAGGUGGGGCGUUAUAUUUACGUGCCUAACCUCAAGAGCCGUUUACUUAGACUUGGCUGAAAAAUUAGACACAGACGCAUUUAUAGUCUGCUUGAGGAACUUUCAAGUCAGACGAGGCCCGGUCAAGCAUCUGUACAGCGAUAAUGGUACGAACUUUAUCGGAGCCGAAAAGGAAAUGCAGACAGCCGUUCAGGAAAUUGAAAGGGAAAUGGGAGAAGGAAAGGCCGCAGAAAUGCGCAUUAAAUGGCACUUUAACCCUCCAGCCGCACCACAUUUCGGCGGAGCUUGGGAGCGGUUAAUUAGAAACAUAAAGAUAUGCCUUGACCAAAUGGACUUACACACCUCUUCCAAAUUUAAUGGAAAGCGGAAUUUACGACGCUGAUAGUUUGAAAAAGAUGCGAACCAUGAUAUACGAUCAGGGUGACCGUCGCAUAGCCACAAACGUGGUACAUAAGAUAUUAACUGGACAAAAUCCCAGCAAGCAGGGAUUUCAUUUCGAAGCCCUAAUGUCAGAAAAGUUAAUUGACAACAUGAUAAACAAGUAUUGGGAAAAACUUGUGUCAUUGUCAUCUUGGUUGGGUAAUAUAACAUCUACAGCCAUCGGGCUGUAUAUCAUUGGCAGAAUAAUCAAGUUUCUUGUAGAUACCUUGAUGCACGGACGCAUAUUGUAUGACAUCUAUGGAUUCGGAUGGCAGCUAAUCGCAUCGCUGUGGGACUCCAUGACAACCUUCCUCACGCAUAGGAACACUCUGAAGAACAUCAAGAAGUCAACGACCAGAACAUAUGAUGUAACGACGCCUGAAGAUGGGACCAAUCCUUCAGAAAACACACCACUAUCCGAUGAAGAACCACAGACGGUGGCUCGCGCCCACCCUCCUGCGCACCCCUAUGUAGCGCUCACGAUGCCCCGAUAGAAGAUACCCGCCUAAGAAGUCAGCCAAUACGCAUAUGAUAACAAGACGACUGGGUAUCAGCCAGUCCGCCAGAAACCAACAUUCACAUCCAGUAGUGAAUGCCGACAACAACGAGAUGACGAAUCAACUAGACAACAUUGCACCAGAAUCGGCAUUUCAAAACCGAGCCGAUUCAACAUGAAAGAAAAUCAAGCCAAGCCAAGGGUGAGAUCACCCUCGAAUUCACAAGUAGUAGCAGACAGCAACAUUGACGAAAAGUGCAUGCGCGACGCUCGGCUGCACCACCCGAAGAUGGACACCUGAAAUAACAUUAAAUUAAUAAGUACAUAAUUAGCAUAAAAUGAAAAGAGGUAUAUUGAUGGGAUUUAUAUCUAUUAAAGACAAGAAAAUAAAUUAUAGUUUUUCCUUAACAACUAGAAAUAUCAAACAAACUAACAUCCCACCACCUCAAGAAGAGAAGACAUUAUUUGACAAAUAUGUAAUCAUCAUUUAUACAACGAAUCAUUAUAUAUAAACUAAGAAGAAAUUAUAGAAGAAUUAUCAAGACAUGAUAUAAACAUAAAAACAAAACAGAUAUAUAUCAAGCAUACAAAUACGUAGAAGUACAAAGGCAUAUAAAUCAACUCAAUUAGAGUUACGAAAAUUAUAUAUCAUGAUCAGUAAAAGCAGUACGAAAGUACGGAAAAUUAUAAACAUAUUAGAAAAAUUAAUGACUACAUACAAGAUCAAACACUGAAAUGUAAAACAUGGAAUUUAAACACUCGGAGCAAUGUAACAUCCCAAUAAUGAAAAAUUGCAAUAUUAACAUAUGAUUUAGAUUAGUAAAUCUAGUAAGAAUUACGAGGCCCGGGAUGUUGCAGAUGCAACGUAAAAUAUCGCAAUUCAUUAUGCAUUUUCAAGUUCCCACGAUAGGUCACCGCCCUCGUACGGGAAAUAAGCGAAAGCAAGAAAUUUGUCUAAGAGAGGUGCAAGAAGCACAAAGUCAAGACCAAACCUACCCUAACUCACGCCUCGUAAACGAGAAGUAAACAUGCCACACCGCCAGAUCUGGCUGACGCAUAUAGAAUCAGUACGCAUUUACUUUCCACUUUCUUCGCUCCACGGUGAACCAUAUGCAGCCCUGCAAUGCGUGCAGCGCUGCGGUGUAUUAGACGCUCGAUGCCAAGGCAGUCCGCGUGCUAUGUGAAUGGAAUGGUAAUGAAUCGGUCGCAUGGAGCUCGGUGCGCCCGGCAAUGCGAGCCUGGCGCAAAGGUAAUAAAAUCUGGUUCCCUAAAAAGAUGCGUAACAACGCCAAGAUAAACGAAUUAUCGUAAUAGAACCAGUCUUGGGAAGGAUAGUUGAAGCAUUAAUAGAAAGCAAUGAAAUCGUCCCAAGGGACAAUCUUGCGUUCGGCAUCCUUCCAAAAACACAAAGGGCAAUAAAACCGAGCUAGCGACGGUUCCACCGCAGAGAGCAAAAUCAAUGGAAAAAUGCACUUAGGCCUAGAUAGGCAGCGAUGCAUGCGUACGCAUCCAAGCUAUAGGCUAGAUCUGGGGAGCGGGCCAAUGUAAACAGGAAGCCUGGUGCGGAUUGAUUUAAAGUAAUUUACAUGCACCAGCGAGGCGCGAGAACUUGGGUCAUAAAAGUUAAAAAUGAAAACGUUCCCCUACUAGGAUGCGUGACCAAGGGAAAUCUAGAAUUAGGAAGAAAGUGCGUCUAGAACCCCUGUGCGGGAAGAUAGACGCACAUGCGUACGUGGGCACCGACGCCCAAAACUUAGGUCUAAGGGACGCUAUAAAAGCGUUUUGAUACAACCAAAAUAUAUUCAGUUUUCACUAUCCUAUCCAAGUGUACGGACUUGUCGCCAGGUCCACCCUUACUCCUACAUAUCACCUCAAUAACACUCUUCGCCUCCAGCCUAUCAAACUCUCUCGCGGUAAUCCGUUUCCAAUAAGAGUUUCCUCGGAAUCGACGCUACUGCCCCCAUCUGAGCUGGGCAAGUACCGGCCGAGCACCUUUAUUGGUCGGAACCCGUUUCAGAGUUUGGGCACUCCCCGACUAGGCUGAUCAGGUUUACCGCUGGUGUAUCUGUUGGAAUCGCGCUACUGCCCCCAUCUGAGCUGGGCAGCUACCGUCCAACCAUAUCCCAACCGUAGAGCACUCAGCCAAGUCCUAAGGAAUCCUGUUCGAAAGUAGGCGAAUCUCGCUUCAAGUGGUAUCGGUUCCUGCUGUUGGAACGACGAGCUCGAAGCCAGUCGAAACCUACCAAUUCGAUUAGGAUCCACCGUGAGGCAUUCG